AGAAUUUAUUGCAAGAACACAGAGUAAAAAAGUUUGAAGAUAUUAAACUUAUUGUAAAAACUAUUAAAAAGUUAUACAGUGCAUUAAAGGAAGAAUACUAUAAACAAUUUCAUAAAAAGUAGUUAAAGAGAGGACAUUUUAUAAGGAGAAUUCGUUUACAAGAGAAAAGAGGAUAAAUAUUAAUUAUUAAAAUGACGUGGGAACCGCAAGCAAAUGGUUUACAACAAAUCAUAGCCAUACUCAAAGAAUCACAAUCUCCAGACACAGCCACACAAAUGGCUGUUCAUAUGAAAUUGGAGGAACUGAAUCAAUAUCCCGACUUCAAUAACUAUUUAAUCUACGUUUUAACUAAACUUAAAGCUGAAGAUGAACCCACUCGUUCACUGAGCGGUCUGAUCCUGAAGAAUAACAUACGCAACCAUGGCAAUAAUCUGCGCCCUGAAAUUGUUGAAUAUAUUAAACAUGAAUGCUUGCAGGCAAUUGGUGAUACUUCACCGUUGAUACGUGCCACUGUUGGCAUUUUGAUCACGACCAUUGCAAGCAACGGCGGCCUACAUAAUUGGCCGCAAUUACUGCCAUCAUUGUGCGAGAUGCUCGACUCACAGGAUUACAAUGUUUGUGAGGGUGCUUUCAGUGCUUUACAAAAAAUUUGCGAAGAUCACGCUGAAGUGUUGGAUUCAGCUGCUCUUAAUCGACCUCUAAAUAUUAUGAUACCGAAAUUUAUGCAAUACUUUAGCCAUAAUGAUCCCAAAAUUCGUUCGCAUGCUAUUGCUUGCAUUAAUCAUUUUAUAAUUAAUCGUUCGCAAGCACUUAUGUUACACAUCGAUGCUUUUAUUGAAAGCCUCUUCAAUUUAUCCUCAGAUGAUGACCAUGAAGUACGUAAGAAUGUGUGCCAUGGUUUGGUUAUGUUACUAGAGGUACGAAUGGAUCGUUUAUUGCCGCAUAUGCCUCAAAUAAUUGAGUAUAUGCUUAUGCGUACCCAAGAUUCUGAUGACGGUGUAGCUUUGGAAGCAUCAGAAUUUUGGCUAUCAUUGGCCGAACAGAAUAUAUGUAAAGAUGUUUUAACACCUUAUCUACCACAAUUGGCCCCUAUUUUGGUGCGUGGUAUGCGCUAUUCCGAAAUUGAUAUCAUACUACUGAAGGGUAACAUUGAGGACGACGAUAUGGUACCAGAUCGUGAAGAGGACAUUCGACCACGUUUCCAUAAGUCGCGAUCGCAUGCAAUCAAGUCUGGCGAAGCUGGUGGGGGUGGUGACGAAGAGGAUGACGACUUUGACGGUGGAUUAGACGAUGACAGUUCUUUGUCCGAAUGGAAUUUACGUAAAUGCAGUGCUGCUGCUUUAGAUGUUCUUGCUAAUGUCUUUCGCGAGGAAUGUUUGCCAAUUGUUUUACCGAUUCUCAAGGAUACUUUAUUUCACCACGAAUGGGUGAUCAAAGAGAGUGGUGUUUUGGCCUUAGGAGCUAUAGCUGAGGGUUGCAUGCAAGGCAUGAUACAGCAUCUGCCUGAGCUAAUACCGUACCUAAUAAGCUGUUUGUCCGAUAAAAAAGCUCUUGUACGCUCGAUAACUUGCUGGACAUUGUCCCGCUACGCCAAUUGGGUAGUAAGUCAGCCACAUGAUCAAUACUUAAAGCCGCUCAUGGAAGAAUUGCUGAAACGCAUCUUAGACUCAAACAAACGUGUACAAGAAGCAGCCUGUUCGGCCUUUGCUACAUUAGAAGAGGAAGCUUGCACUGAUUUGGUUCCCUAUCUUGAAUAUAUAUUGCAAACUUUAGUAUUUGCUUUUUCCAAAUAUCAACACAAAAAUUUAUUGAUACUAUACGAUGCAGUCGGCACCUUGGCGGACUCGGUGGGUCAUCAUUUAAAUAAACCACAAUAUAUAGAUAUCCUAAUGCCACCACUUAUUGAGAAGUGGAAUUUACUUAAAGACGAUGACAAAGACUUAUUUCCGCUGCUCGAAUGUUUAUCUAGUAUUGCUACUGCUCUACAAUCGGGCUUCUUACCUUAUUGCGAUCCCGUAUAUAAACGUUGUAUUUCACUCAUUGAGCAGACCAUCAAUCAAGAUAUGGCUUGGAAACAAAAUGCUGGCUUCGAUCAACCGGACAAAGAACGUAUGAUUGUGGCUUUAGAUUUGCUAUCUGGGCUAGCGGAGGGUCUAGACGGUCAUAUAGAAUCGUUGGUAGCGAAUAGUAAUAUUAUGCAAUUGUUAUAUCAGUGCAUGCAGGAUGCGUUACCAGAAGUUCGGCAAUCUUCAUUUGCUUUACUGGGUGAUUUGACCAAAGCCUGCUUUCAACAUGUGCAUCCUUUCAUGGCGGAGUUUUUCCCUAUUCUGGGUCAAAAUCUCAAUCCAGAUCAUAUCAGCGUAUGUAAUAAUGCAACUUGGGCUAUCGGCGAAAUAUGUAUGAAAUUGGGUGAAGAGACACGUCAGUAUAUUCAUCUUGUAUUGAAGGAAUUAAUUAUUAUUAUAAAUCGACCAAAUACUACAAAAACACUUUUAGAAAAUACCGCAAUUACUAUCGGUCGUCUAGGUUAUGUGUGCCCAGUUGAAGUGGCUCCAUUUUUGCCAGAAUUUGUACGACAGUGGUGCACAUCUUUGCGUCACAUAAGGGACAACGAUGAGAAAGAUUCGGCAUUUCGUGGCAUGUGCCAUAUGAUUACAGUCAAUCCAGCUGGGGUGGUGCCCGAUUUUAUAUUUUUUUGUGAUGCUAUCGCUUCAUGGGUUAAUCCACCGCAAGAUUUACAUCAAAUGAUACAAAAGAUUUUACACGGUUUUAAAAACCAAGUAGGAGAAGAAAAUUGGCGUCGUUUUGUAGAUCAGUUCCCUUCGACAUUAUCUGAUCGGUUAGUGGCUAUGUACAAUAUCUAAAGAAAAAAACA